GCAUGACUACUGUUAUACUAAAAAGACAAACGCCUUCCCUCCUCCCUUCUGACCAUUUCAAAUUUUAUGCACCAGCAAAGCCCACAACGCUGAUAUAAUUUUUUUUGCAGCCCAUUCAUACUGCUCCUGCCUUUCGUGUCCUGUUAUGACAAACAUGAUGAUCGAGUGUGUUUUUAACAAGUGAUUACAUGUAUUUUUCAUAGGAUUAGCUUCUUCGCCGGCAUCAUUAGUAGCUGAAGCAGCAGCAGCAGCAGCACAGCACGCCAACGCGCAAAACUCCGGAGCAGGGAACCGAUACAGCGGGAGCGCGCACCACAGGCGCGCAUGCACAGCUGUCAGGACCAAGGACAGCAGCAGCAGCAGCCGCUCAGCCCGGAGCAACCAGCGCGCCACGCAUCGGUGCUGAGUUCGGAGAAAGCGCACGGGAACAGAGGCUGGAGAGAGCGAUACUCGCCCCGGAGAGGAAGCCGUAGAAGCGUGGGCUAUGGUUUAAGUCUUUGUGGCUGCCACUAGAAGGUUUUGCAGCUCCUCAAAGGAGAGCAAAGAAGGUGGACAAUGCGGGUUAGAUGUCCCCGGUUGACAGCCUGUCUCUAACAUGAUCAUGCACAUUCCUCCGCAUUGCAUAUAACCAAACCACCUUUUUUUGGACAAAGUCUUCCUCUUCCUUUUUUGGCCUCCCUCCCUCGCUAUCACCGCCCACCUGGAUUGUGCCUGCAGUCGCGCAUUCAACUGGCUGAGCUGUCCAGAAGCUGGUCGAGCCGACCCGCCACCGGGGAGAAAAGCGACCGGGCUGCGCUGUGCUGUUUGGUGGUCCACACGAUGCGUCUGUUUCUGCUGGCGGUGCUCUUCUCGUGCUCCUGCGCGCGGGCCGGCUGCGAGCCGAAGAUCGUGAACAUCGGGGCCGUCCUGAGCCAGAAGAGAUACGAGCAGGUCUUCAAAGAUGCCGUGACCCAGGCCAACCAAGUCUACGGCAGGGACAAAUUCAAGCUGACCGCCAUAUCCGUAACGCAUAAAUCCAACGCGAUCCAGAUGGCUCUCUCCGUCUGCGAGGACCUCAUCUCCAGUCAGGUCUAUGCUAUCCUGGUGAGUCACCCUCCCCAGUCCAAUGACCACCUAACCCCGACGCCUGUCUCUUACACGGCAGGCUUCUACCGCAUCCCUGUGGUGGGGCUCACCACCCGCAUGUCCAUCUACUCAGACAAGAGUAUCCACCUGUCCUUUCUGCGGACAGUCCCUCCCUACUCUCACCAGGCGCACGUGUGGUUCGACCUAAUGCGCGAGUUCAACUGGAACCACAUCAUCCUGAUAGUGAGCGACGACCACGAGGGCCGGGCUGCUCAAAAGAGGCUCGAGACCCUCUUGGAGGAAAGAGAAACAAAGAAUAAAAAAAGGAACUAUGAAAACCUCGACCAACUGUCCUAUGACAACAAGCGAGGACCUAAGGCAGAGAAAGUCCUCCAGUUCAGCCAGGAGACUAACUUAACUGCUCUGCUGCUGGAGGCGAAAGAGCUGGAGGCCCGAGUCAUCAUCCUGUCCGCCAGUGAGGAGGACGCUGCCGCAGUGUACAGGGCUGCCCGUUUCCUCAACAUGACGGGCUCCGGCUACGUGUGGCUGGUGGGCGAGCGUGAGAUGUCGGGUAAAGCCCUGAGUGAGGCGCCAGACGGUCUAAUCGGCCUCCAGCUCAUCAACGGGAAGAAUGAGUCUGCCCACAUCAAUGACGCAGUGGCUGUGGUAGCUCAGUCCAUACAGGAGCUAUUUGAGAAGGAGAAUAUCACAGAGCCUCCAAGGGGAUGUGUGGGCAACACUAACAUUUGGAAAACAGGACCCCUUUUUAAACGGGUGCUGAUGUCAUCUAAAUAUCCCGAGGGUCUCACAGGGCGUGUGGAGUUCAAUGACGACGGAGAUAGAAAAUACGCCCACUACAGUAUACUGAACUAUCAGAAGUCCAGACUCAUCCAAGUUGGCAUAUACAAUGGGACGCAGGUGGUAAUGAACAAUCAGCGGAAGAUUAUCUGGCCCGGAGGAGAGACUGAGAAACCACAGGGCUUCCAGAUGUCCACUCGACUAAAAAUAGUGACAAUACACCAGGAGCCAUUUGUGUAUGUGAAACCCACUCUGCCUGACGGUACUUGCAAGGAGGAAAUGACAUUAAAUGGAGUCUUAAUUAAAAAGGUUAUCUGCACUGGGCCCAAUGAGACCAUCCCAGGUAACACAUCAGGACGCCCAAUCGUACCCCAGUGUUGUUAUGGAUUUUGUAUUGACCUCCUGAUAAAGCUGGCUAUGACCAUGAACUUCACCUAUGAGGUGCAUCUGGUGGCUGAUGGAAAAUUUGGAACUCAGGAGCGGGUCAACAACAGUAACAAGAAGGAGUGGAACGGCAUGAUGGGCGAGCUCCUGGGAGGCCUGGCUGACAUGAUUGUAGCUCCGCUGACUAUAAACAAUGAGCGAGCCCAGUACAUCGAGUUCUCCAAACCCUUUAAAUAUCAAGGCCUCACUAUCCUCGUUAAAAAGGAAAUUCCUCGCAGUACACUGGACUCGUUUAUGCAGCCGUUCCAAAGCACGCUGUGGCUGCUGGUGGGUCUUUCGGUGCAUGUGGUGGCGGUGAUGCUUUACCUACUAGACCGGUUCAGCCCGUUUGGGAGAUUUAAAGUAAAUAGUGAAGAAGAAGAAGAAGAUGCCCUCACCUUAUCAUCUGCCAUGUGGUUCUCCUGGGGAGUAUUGUUGAACUCUGGUAUAGGAGAAGGUGCACCACGUAGCUUCUCAGCGAGAAUCCUGGGCAUGGUGUGGGCUGGUUUUGCCAUGAUCAUUGUGGCUUCCUAUACUGCCAAUCUGGCUGCCUUCCUGGUGUUGGACCGGCCUGAGGAGCGCAUCACCGGUAUCAAUGACCCACGGCUGAGAAACCCAUCAGACAAGUUCAUCUACGCCACAGUGAAACAAAGCUCAGUGGAUAUCUACUUCCGGCGGCAGGUGGAGCUUAGCACCAUGUACCGCCACAUGGAGAAGCACAACUAUGAGAGUGCCGCCGAGGCUAUCCAGGCCGUGCGUGACAACAAGCUGCAUGCUUUCAUCUGGGACUCUGCGGUGCUGGAGUUUGAAGCCUCGCAGAAGUGCGACCUGGUGACCACGGGAGAGCUGUUUUUCCGUUCGGGCUUUGGCAUAGGCAUGCGCAAGGACAGCCCCUGGAAACAGAAUGUGUCCCUGGCCAUUCUCAGUUCUCAUGAGAACGGCUUCAUGGAAGACCUAGAUAAAACCUGGGUGAGAUACCAGGAGUGUGACUCAAGGAGCAAUGCCCCAGCCACACUCACCUUUGAAAACAUGGCAGGGGUAUUCAUGCUGGUGGCUGGAGGAAUAGCAGCAGGGAUCUUCCUCAUCUUCAUUGAAAUUGCCUAUAAGCGCCAUAAAGACGCCCGCAGGAAGCAGAUGCAGCUGGCCUUUGCGGCCGUCAAUGUCUGGAGGAAGAACUUGCAGGAUAGUAAGGAGACUUCUGGAAGUCAAGCGGUGGCUGGAACUCCCUCUUUACCCUCUUCCUCUGUAGAGACUCAGGAUGAUAGGAAAAGUGGUAGAGCAGAGCCCGACCCCAAAAAGAAAGCCUCUUUUAGGUCCAUCAGUACCACCCUGGCCUCCAGCAUCAAGAGACGUAGGUCCUCCAAAGACACGCAGUACCCACCCACUGACGUCACGGGCCAACUCAACUUGUCUGACCCGUCUGUCAGCACAGUGGUGUAAACGGAGAGGGCGACAAUGAGGUUCACUCCCCAAGGAGAGGAGGAGAGGAAGCCAAAACCGAAGCUUUUAUUUCACUGCCUGCCAGCGGAGCUUUUGAGGAAACUGCUUGCUGAGGAACUGGCUGAAAACACUCAACUUGCACCUUUCUUUUUCUUUUAUCUUUUUUUUUUUUAAAGACGAAAUGACUUUAAUGUUCGUAGGGUCCCUGAGCAUGCACAGAAGAACCCAUCCGACAUAUAUAAUCUUUUCCUUCUGUAUAUUAUUACCUAACUUAUUUAAUGUUGUUUUGUCCCUUUAAUUGCACACAUUUACUUAAUGUUUGAUGUUUUCCAAUUUCCCAAGCAACUCUAUAGCUUUUAGCAAGCCAGGUUAGUUCGGCUAAAUUUAUGGAUGAACCAGUUUGGCUGCGAGUAUUGUACUGGACAUUUCACUUCCACUUAGGGCCUAGAAGUCACAAUAUUUAAUAUUUCUUAACAACAUAUACUGCAAUACAAAAUGGUCUGUAAGCUCCGAUGGAGGUCAAGUAUUUUUUAAUAGGAUAUACCUGUGUUUUUAUCCACACUAAUAAUGGCACUACAGAAGGCAGUUGGCUAACCAUGUCAUCCAGAGAAGAUGAUGAAGGCAUGGGUGUGCUUGGGCAAGGGUAUACAUCAGCUUCUGGUGAUGAACAAAUUGAACCUUUCCCCACUUUUAUUUUGCACUAACCUCAAAAUUUGCAUGUGUUUCUAUUUUUAACAACAAUUCAAGUUUGAAGUAUUUAGCUUUACUACUAUUUAUAGCACGACAUAUGCAGGUGAUAUAAGAAAUCACAUCCUACUUAAUUAGUUAAAUACUAGUGGUGUCUUUCAUAUUCAGCCAUAUUUGAGACAGUUGGCUGUGAGCCAUGCUGCUGUUUUGGGACGCCCUCUCUCUUCCUCUCUCCUGCCGCCGCCACUGCAGUCUUUCUCAUUUCCAGUCUCCAAGGGGUUGCAUCAAAGGGCCAGGUUUUUCACCCAACCAGCACUCGGUCUUUCAUGCAAAACCUCCUCCCCUGUGCAGCGCCGGAGAACUUUUACACGAAGGAAGCCGAGUGAAUUUGAAAGCUUCGCUCAGCUUGCAAGCACAUGUGCAGGUUUGGUUAGAUGCAAAAACAGGCCGUUUCCCAAUUUCUGGAGAUGAGAAACCACUGCUCUGAAGAAAACUGUAACAUUCUUUCGGGUGUAUGGCACUGUAUAGCACUUUAUGAUGAGGAGUCUCCCCAAACUGUAUUUAAACAAAACACCGAUUCCCAAAACAGAACGACAGUCAUACUGUAAAGUAUCGUUUCCUUUUUAAUUUGCUUUAUUGAGAAAAAACAGAGCAGGAUCUACAAAGUCUUUAUAGGAUUAAAUGAUUUUAAUUUGAGCAAAGAGGUUGCUUCUGAUCUCAUUCAGGCCUGUGCAUGCUUAUGUGUUAUUAUUAGUGCUUUAGUUUGGAUGCGUGCUGUUGCCAUGUACAGUUAGCUGAGCCGUGAGGAGCACUUAAAGUUGAAUGAAAUGUAAAUAGAGUCUGGCUCUGUGUAGAUGAGGUUCAUGAGCUCGUACAAUGACUGCAGCUGGGAAUGUCUUAUACUAUAGUUACACAAACACAAAACAGGUGUGAUACACAGGCAUGCAUCAACACACACAUAUACACAUGCAUAUAUGCACACACACACACACACACGCACACAAACAUUAAGGGAAUAUUCACUUGUUUUUCUUACCUUUUCCAGUGAUGAUCUUGCAUUGAAUCAUGUUGUUUAUACACCUGUAAAUAAAAUACACUUACAUUG